AUGGGAGGCAGCUGGUGGUGGGCUCGGGUCGCUCGCCUGGCCCGACUUCGCUUCCGGGGCUCGCUGCUGCCUCCACAGCGGCCCCGGAGCGGGGGCGCGCGGGGAUCCUUCGCCCCAGGUCACGGUCCCCGCGCCGGAGCUUCGCCGCCCGCAGUGUCCGAGCUGGACCGCGCGGACGCCUGGCUCCUCCGGAAGGCUCACGAGACAGCCUUCCUGUCCUGGUUCCGCAAUGGCCUCCUGGCUUCAGGCAUCGGGGUUAUCUCCUUCAUGCAAAGUGACAUGGGACGGGAAGCUGCCUAUGGCUUCUUCCUGCUGGGUGGCCUGUGCGUGGUGUGGGGCAGCGCCUCCUACGCUGUGGGACUGGCCUCGCUGCGUGGGCCCAUGCAACUAUCGCUGGGGGGCGCAGCCGCUGGUGUGAGUGCAGUCCUGGCUGCCAGCCUAUUGUGGGCCUGCGCCGUGGGCCUCUACAUGGGCCAGCUUGAGCUCGACGUAGAACUGGUGCCCGAUGAUGAUGGGGCAGCCACCACCGAAGGUCCCGAUGAAGCCAGCCGGCCUCCAUCAGAGUGAGCAGCAGGGCUGUGAGGACAGAUCGGCCCGAGGACUGGGACAUUAAACACUGAGCUGCCCGAGCUCCAGACUCCA